AUGCCAUCAACACCCCUCCAGCCACCAGACCACCCCAUCGCCCUCCGCCACUCCCACCUCCUAGCUCCAGCCCCAGACCGCCUAACAAACACCCCCACAACUCUCACCGUCACGCGAGAAAACACCCAAUCAAGUCGAUUAGCCUUCACAAUCGCCCAACUCCGCAAAGACGAACCCCUCGACUCCCUCCGCCGCAGCACCCUCCUCUACACCGUCUCCGGCCGCGCCUGGAGCAACUCCCAACACCGCGAAAUAAGAGAUGUCGCCGGCCGGCCCCUCCUCGAACUCCGCCGCAUCUGGUGGCGCGGCCAGUGGAUCGUCAAACGAGCCGGCGGCGUCGGCGAAGAACUCCUCUGCGCCGAAAUGCGCUGGGCAAUCGGCAUGAAAAUCGGCGCUAGAUUCUGCAACGCUCUCGUUGCUGGCCGCGAGGGGAUGGCGCUUUCACGCGGGGCUAGAGGGAGAGGUCCGAGUCCGGGUCCCGGAACCGUGCUAAGAGCGACAGCGGGCUCAGCCGCGAGAUCAUUGUCGAGAUCACGGCCUCGAACGGCGGUUCCGGCGUCAGGGCCAGGGUCAACGUCUGCCUCCGCUGCGGCUGCUGCUGCCGCUGCGGCCUCUGCUGAACGGACGGCGACGGCGACUGCAACGACGACAGCAGGGCCAGGACCAGGACCAGGACCUGGACCCGCUUCCAUAUACAACCGACCAACGCCAACGCGCCGCCGAACAAUAAGCAACUACCCACACGCACCGCCCAUAGCCCGGGACGCCCCACCCCCAUACAGCGCGGAAGUAGCAGCAGGCCACGCCACGCACGAAAACGAAAACAACGAAGCCGAAGGUGAAAAUGACCCCGAAAUCGAAGUCGACGACAGCACUGCCUCCAAUACCCCCAGCGCUGCGUCAAGUAGUACGUCGCUCUCAAGCGCAGACAGCGACAACAAAUCGCGCAGCACGGUACUGCCUUCCUAUGAAAGUGUUCGGCGGAUGCGCAGGGACUCGCAUCAUAGUUUGCGCGACCUUCUUGAUGCGAUUGAGCCGCCAAGGGAGCCGGCGCCUGCGUCUGCCGCGCCGUAUCCGACGCAGAGGCGGUGGAGUGAGAGUUGUAUUGAUCCGCGCGUGGAGCUUAGGGUUGUGCAGGCUAGUUCGACGGUUGCGGAGGUUAUGAUGGGGGAGAGGAAGAUUGUUCAUGUGAAGCGGGGCCGGGUGUUGGAUGUUGUGGGGAGUGGGCGGAGGACGAGGUGGGAGGUUGAGAUUGCUGAGGGGGUGGAUUUGUUGUUGGCUGUUUGUAUCGUUCUCAUUAUUGCGGAGUCGCAGUCGGUUCGACAUGAGAAUCGAUGA